GCCAGCCAGCAGAAGCUCCUUCACCGAGGACACCAAGGGACCAGCCAGGAGGGGGAACAGAAACUCCCUGGAAAUAGCUCCCAGAAAAGCAAGCAACCAGCCAGGCAGGUUCUGUCCCUCUCACACACUGGCCCGAGGCGCCACAUCUCCCUCCGGAAAGGACACCAUGAGCACAGAAAGCAUGAUCCGCGACGUGGAACUGGCAGAGGAGGCACUCCCCAAAAAGAUGGGGGGCCUCCAGAACCCCAGGCGGUGUCUGUGUCUCAGUCUCUUCUCGUUCCUGCUCGUGGCGGGGGCCACCACGCUCUUCUGUCUGCUGAACUUUGGGGUGAUCGGUCCCCACAGGGAUGAGAAGUUUCCAAAUGGCCUUCCUCUCAUCAGCUCUAUGGCCAAGACCCUCACACUCAGAUCAUCUUCUCAAAAUUCCAGUGACAAGCCCGUAGCCCACGUCGUAGCAAACCACAAAGCGGAGGAGCAGCUGCAGUGGCUGAGCCAGCGUGCUAACGCCCUCCUGGCCAACGGCAUGGAUCUCAAGGACAACCAGCUGGUGGUGCCAGCAGACGGGCUGUACCUCGUCUACUCCCAGGUUCUCUUCAAGGGACAAGGCUGCCCUGACUACGUGCUCCUCACCCACACCGUCAGCCGAUUUGCUAUCUCAUACCAGGAGAAAGUCAACCUCCUCUCGGCCAUCAAGAGCCCCUGCGUCAAGGACACCCCUGACGGGGCUGAACUCAAGCCCUGGUACGAGCCCAUGUACCUGGGAGGCGUCUUCCAGCUAGAGAAGGGGGAUCAACUCAGCGCUGAGGUCAACCUGCCCAAGUACUUAGACUUUGCCGAGUCCGGGCAGGUCUACUUUGGAGUCAUUGCUCUGUGAAGCGAGCGGUCAUCCACCUGUUCUCUACUCAGCCCCCAC